AUGUCUUCAUCUCUGAUUGUCGCUGGCGAACCGGAGACACCUGAAGGUAUGAUGAUGUCCAGACAGAAAGAACUGCCCACCUUGCCCGUGGUGCCUCUGCGAGACAUGCUUCGCAGAUACAUGGACUUCGUGGAGCCCUUUCUAGCGGCACAAGAGUUGGAAGAAUUACAAAAGGUGGCAGAGUUGGGACUCUACACAGUUCGCAACUCGGACCAAGGGAAGUUCGGGAAAGUCACUGUCAACGACUUCGCGGAAGUGUUCAAGGUUGACUUGAGAGGCGAAGUUUCAGCUGCCUCGACCACUUUCCCAAACUUGCAGCCGUCUCUCAAUAAAGUGGACAAGAUUCUCUUCGGGCCAGGGCAGCAGACACCCAAUGUUCUCGGGUCCUUCGGGGUCACUUGGCUGUGGAGAGGCAAGUCUAAUCAGCAAAUACAACAACUUCUCCAGCCUGAUGUCAGCGGAAAAACUCCUUUGGACAUGUCGCAAUACCAGCGUAUCUUCAGUGUUUACCGCACGCCUGCUAUAGCCUGCGAUCAACUGGAGUUCAAUACGCCCCUCGAGAAAUCUGGGAAACACGUGGUAGCCAUACACAAUGGCCAGAUGUUUACCUUCAACGCGUACGAUGCCCAAGGAGUGCCCCACGACGAAAGCAGGAUCCUCGCCCAGCUCAUCCGAGUCGUGGAAAUGUCUCCCGAGAAGGACGUCGGCGUGGGCAUUCUGACGGCGGAAGACAGGAACGUCUGGGCGAAGGUGUACGCCAGUCUUGGCCAGAAUUCUCUGAACGAAGCGUCUUUGGAAGCGAUCAAGAGGGCUUCACUCGUGGUGUGCCUUGACGGCAGACUGGACGACGUGGAUCCCUAUGAGGUGGCCUGGCCCCGGCAGGUAUACAAGGGCGGUCCGAACGCCGAAUAUGCAGCCAAUCGAUGGUGGGACAAGCCGGUUCAGGUGAUUGUCGGAGAAGACGGAGGGUCUGCACUUCUCUACGAUCACACAGCCUUCGACGGCACUGCGAUGGCUGGAGUCACAAACCACUGCUAUCAUUACGCCCAGAAGGCAGGGAGCUUCGAAACAUCUAAGGACGGCGAGGAAGGUGCUCCUCAGAAGCUGGAAUUCGUUCUUGGGCCUGACACCUUACACGACAUAGAAAAAGCAAAAUCGUCCCAUGCAAGAUAUACUGGCGGUACUGAAAGGCUCUUCUAUCAAUUUUCCAACUAUGGAAAAAAGUUCAUCCAGUCGUGCAACAUGAGUCCGGACGGCUACACGCAGAUGGCCAUUCAACUGGCGGCCUUCAGGUGUACUGGCACCGCGGUCAUGGCGUAUGGAGCGGCUUCGGCUCGCCAAUUCCUUUACGGACGAGCUGAUGUAUUUCAUUCCUCCUCGAAAGAAAGCCUAUCAUUCUGCAAGGUCUUUGAUAACCCUUUAUCAAGCAGGGAAGAGAAGGAGCAGAGCUUGAGGAAAGCCGUGGAAAGAUGCAAGCAAGAAGCCGUUUUUGCAGCGGACGGCUUCGGCGUGCAGCGGAUGAUAUAUGGCUUGAUAUUCAUUAGCCUCGAAAACGGUAUCCCCAUUCACCCUUUCCUCAAAAACCAGGCUUUCUGGCGACCUGCUUUGGUAGCCAGCCAGGUGAAUCUUCAAUGCGACGGCACUAGUUUGGAGGAUCCUGGUUUUCCUGAUACCUACAUGGUCAUGUACAACAUCCGACCGGAAUCUGUCACUUUCGGCCUGAGCUGCAACAAAUCUUCCCCCGAGAAGAACAUCACCAAGUUCAAGGACGCUCUUGAGCAAGCCCUUACGGAUCUCAGAGUGUGCGUUGACAGAUCUUAAGAGGUAGAUUGCGCAACGAAUAACCUCUUUCGCUUCUUAUUUCUUUUUUCGGGGGAGUUAGGGAGCACCGCGGAGAACAUAGGAUUGUAAGCACAAAAAUAAAAAAAGGCAAACCAAAAGUGGUUAGCGGAAAUAAAGCAAGGAGAACAUGCGAU